AGCGGCGAGGCUGAUUCCGGAAGUUGGCUCGGCGCGGCCGGAAGUAGGAGGGCAGAGCGCUGCGGCCGCCAUGAAGCCGGCGGUGGACGAGAUGUUUCCUGAGGGUGCCGGUCCGUAUGUGGACCUGGACGAGGCAGGGGGAAGCACGGGGCUGCUGAUGGACCUGGCCGCCAACGAGAAGGCCGUGCACGCCGACUUCUUCAACGAUUUUGAAGAUCUGUUUGAUGACGAUGACAUCCAGUGAACUUAGUUGUGCUGCUGUGCUGAGAUGUGGAAUUUUCUCUGGGAUCGCCUGUGGUCUCCUUUAUUUAUUACGAUGAUUAGAACAGGAAAACUUCGUAGGGGGUGAAAAAGAAGACUGUUAAAAGAUGCCUAGGGAAUGUGGAAGUCAGAUGGCUAAAAGUAACCGAGAACUGUGGACUGUUAUUUCUAGGAAGGUGUUUGUAGAUCUGUCUUAAAAUUGUAUUUGCUGACAUGCUAUUAAAAAAAAAAAAAAACCCGAAAAAAAACAAGGGAAAACCACCACCAACAAAAAAAAAACCCUAACAAAACCUGUGUUCUGAGUUGCUGAGUUGUUUCUUUGUUAUUAUUAUUUCUAUGAAGUCAUCCACUGUUACUCUUGGUUAUUAUGUUUCCUGUAUCAAUAUAUUUCUCUGCCUAGUGGUGUUCUGUUCAUCUCAGAGUAUGGGAUUAUCUGCUGCUAAGAUGAUUACUUUUUUCAGAAUGGGCUUUGACUCAUUGCACUAGGAAGAAUUGAGGGUUUUGUCCAGUUUCAAGAUUGAUGUUCUGCUACCAUCAGUGCUUUGUUUCAACCUAAGUAGCAGAGGAACAAAAAGUAGUUAUUUUAGCAUUUUUUUGAUUCGGGCUUUCAUUUUUAGAAAAGUAAUUGUAUGAUAUUGCACCUUCCAGUGAUCAAAAUGAUUCUCAGGAUGAAAGGAUCAGGGAGUUUUUAAUGUAUUAUUUCAAAAUCAAGAAUUCAGUCCUUUCUUCUCUUCUUAAAUUAAUUGUUCAGGAUUAAAAUAAGGUCUAAAUUCUAUACACUCAUCUCAGAAAUACUCCUGUGACUGAUCUUUCCUUAAAGACUUAGUUAUCAAUGCUCCGAGUGAAAUUUAUGUGCUAAACUGUAUGAAAAAAUCAAAAAUGAAACCCUUUCUUUCUUUACCUCUUU